AACCGGGCGCGGCCUUUCCCCUCGGUCUAUAAAGUCACAAGAGCUCCAGUUCAAGCGAACAUUCACUCGGCGCUCUGUUCACUCAUUAAUUCACCAUGUGGCGGCUACUAAUAUUGGCAGGUCUUUUGGCGGUCUCCGCGGAAAAGGAAGCCGUCCCGGUAGCUUCGGAAAAAUCGGAAUCGUCCGGUGCCGAUGAUCUCGUAAUGCUGGAGAUCGACAUCAAGGAACCUGCUAAGAGAUCGCCGAUAACAGCCAGCGCCGUAUACGGCGCAUCCCCGAGUCAAUAUAUCAUUCGUCACGGUGACGACGCCCAAGAGUUGUCACCGGAAUAUUUGUCGCUCCUGCAACAAUACACGCAAGCUCAACCUCAGCCGUAUUCAGGACGUGCGGCAAGUCCACCUGAACGUCGACCACUUCCUGCUUAUGCCAAACAACAGCAGCAACUGCAACAGGCGUAUCAGAAUCAACGCGUUCCUGCGGUAGUCCCACCCAGACCUCGAGCUCAACUUCACUCUCAGGCCCUGGCCCAGGCUGAAGCGGCUGCUCAACUUCAGGCUCAAGCGGACGCUCAGUCCCGUGCCGAAGCACUUCAUUCGGCUAGGCUCAGGGCAAGUUCCUCCAAUGCUCCCGUCUACCAAACAGCAGGGCCAGUUUACAGCGAUCAAAAGCUCGGUACUUUUGAACAGGAAUUGCUGCAGUUGGUAGCGGCGAAUCAGGCUCAGGAAUUCAAGCUCGUUCCUGCAGUGCCCAAAAGACUUCUGAAGCAGCAGGCUUAUCCUCAGUACGCGCAGCAGUCUGCCAGCUAUCCUUCGCAGUACGUCAAGGCUGCUCCUGAACCAGCUCAGGCGCCGGAGCAAUACCAUAUCGAAACAACCGUACCAAGGUAUCACCAAGCAGCUCCUGCUUAUCAGGCUGCAGAGGAGCCUGCUCAAGUUCAAUAUCAGGCAGUCCAAGUUCCGGUUCAGGCGCCUGAGUAUCAUGCCAAACAAGUCAGGCCAUUCAGACCUUCACCGCAGUACCCCGAUGCAGAGGAGCAAGGGCAACUGAGGGCACUGCAACAGGCGCAGGCUCAGGCCGAGGCUCAGGCUAUUGCCCAGGCUCAAGCUCAAGCCGAAGCUCAUGCUCAAGCAUACCAAAAAAUUGCUCAAGCUUCCCACAACAAGCACCAGGAGGCAGCUUUCGAACAAAUCCGCCUGGUGAAUGAACGUCACAGACAACAAACUGCCUUGGAACAAAUUAAUCAAGGCGCUCAACUGAGCGAGGCCGGACGUUCUCAUUUGGAGGAACAAGCCCCGACCAAGGACCCUGAAGUUGCGUUGAAAGCCCAAUUGAAAGCACAGGCUCAGGCCGAGGUCGCCGAAGCGCGACGAGCUCAAGAGGCUGCCGAGUACAAAGCUCACGCCGAUGCCAUUCUCCACUUGCAAGCUCAGCAACAGGCUCACGUGAAGGCCCAGGAGGAGGCGCACAAGAAUGCUCUUGCCCACGAAAGAAAUCAACUUCGUGCUCAGGCUCAGGCUCAAGCCUUAGCGCAAGCUCAGGCAGAGGCAUUGUACAAAGCUCAUCAGCAGGCACGCGCCAAGGCCAACAACGAAGCUUUGACUGCCGCCAGAGCUCAAGCGGAAGCUAGAAAAAUUGAUCCCGAAAACACCCCCGUCAUUCAGUACCUUCUGCCCAACAGUGCGCCACUGCCGUCCCCUAAUAGUUACUUCACCAACGAUCAGGUGCAAAAGUAUCAAGGCGCCGGAUCCUCGUACGUUCCACGUGCAGCUCCUAAAUCUCCCGUCGCCGCGAGCAGCAACGAGGAACAGACUUACGCUCAGCCAGCAAUCAAUCAGCCACGUCAGGCACACAAACACAAAAUCCCCCAGACGUCCCAAUCGUCGAUCUACGUAACGCAGUCCGGCCAUUUGAAAAAGUCACCAGUCAAGUCAUUAACCAUCGAGGAGAUCAUCGAACAAGAUCAGCUUAACAGCCCUCAAGUGGUACGUCUACCAGCAUCCAAAGGACAACAACCGCUGACGCAGGAGGAUCUGGCCGUCCUUAUUAACGCUGGCUACUCCGUGACUCCUGUACCAGACGUCGCCAAGCCUACUCAGCAAUCCUAUACCGAGAACACUUCCGGUGGAUAUUACACGAAGAAGCAGAGAAGUCCCGUCGCUAGACCCGAGUACGAGAGCUACGAGGAGGCUGCACCGCGUCAAAGAAGACCCUUGAGGAAGCAGAGGCCUAUUUUGAAGCAGGACGAAAGCACUGUCGAUGCCAGUGAAAAAGUAACUUAUCUAGUACCCCUAGAGCCUGCUUAUGGAACCAGGCAGACACCGUUGAGACGCACCGCCGCCGCCGAGGAAUAAGUAUCGUCUUAUCGAACCAUUUCACUGGUUAGCCUGAUAAUCGUAUUGCGUUACUUCGUUCCGGAUACUACUUACGGAAUGGAAACUUCGAUUUACUCUACUCAAUGAUAUUACCUACCUACUUACUGCCUAUUACAUAGGAAAUCGCAACAUCUUCAGGAUGGAUUGGCGACUUUUUUUUUAUUAGACCUUUUUUUUAUACGAAUCCCUUUACAUAUUUUUGAUCAUUCAUGCUGCAUGGAAAAUCAUCGAAGGAACCGACGCCUGUGCAGAUCCUACGACCGAAGGGAGUCAGCCGUUAGAUUUUGCUGAAUAAUUCAUUUUCAUGGAUCCUUUAUACAUUAAAUGUUUUUUUCUUCCCCAUGUUGGUUCAAUCGAUUUUUAUACCUUGUAUUUUUAUUCGCUUUUUAGCAUAAUGACUUAAGGAAAGUAUCGAAUCCCAAGAUGGCCGAUUUUAGCAUAUUUAGUAUCGGUGCUCGCGACGCUCACGUCGUCUCUGCGUGACGUCAAUGCAAUGGCGUUCGAACCGAUUAAUUAUUAAUUUAUAAUCGUUUGUAAAUAUUAGAAACUAAAGGAAAUAAAAUUGUU